AUGGCGGCCGUAGCAGGAGCUCUUCUCCCGCCGCUGCUCCCGACGCCGCCCAGGAGCGAGAUGCUGCCGAUCCUCCCGACCCCGCCCAAGAGCAAGAUGCUGCCUCUGUUGCCGACGCCGCACGGUGUCGUCCUCACCAUGCUGGUGUCCGCCAUGUCAGGCCGCGCUGACUUCGUCCAGAGGUGGGACUGGAACAAGACGGGCAAAAAGCCAUGCAGCUCCAUCUGCUCGUCGUUGUCGUCGUUGUCAUUGUCGUCGUCGGGCAGCGAGAGCACCGGUCGUGCCGACUCCGUCGACCAGUGGGACUCCGACAAGAAAUACAAGAAGCCCCGCACCACCGUGUCGUCGUCGUCGUCAUCGUCAUCGUCAUCUUCAUACAGCGCCGGGAGACCCGGACGCGCCGACUCCGUUGAACGCUGGGACAGCAAGAAACUCACGACCUCGUGCAGCGCGUCCCUGCCCACAGGUCGUGGCCGCCAUGACGACAACAACAAGCGCCUUCCUAGCCCUGGUCGCGCGUCCUCAGGAGAGUGCUGGGACUUACACAAGAAGCCUCGUCCGGAGUACGUGGGCAGGCUUCCUCAGACUAACGCAACGGCCACAACACCGCAGAAGGCCGUGUUCGCCGGGCCCUGCUUCUACGCCUCGCCGGACCCGAGCAUGCUUCCCAUGCCCUCCUUCUUUCUGCGCAGCUAA